ACCAGGCCAGUGUUCACCUCCUCCUGCUCCUCACCCGCGGGGAGUCGUUACCUCGCCGCAUUCCUCCAAAGAAGACACGCAGUCAGCGCCAGAGCCGUGCGCCUCUCUGGAGGGAAGGCAUUUAUUUUCCCCGGUGGAUCUGCUCGGAUAUUUGAGAUUACUGGAAGUAUAACCAAGAUUUCCCCCUUAAGUACAACCUGUAAGCAACUCGGAUACACCGAUACGGGUUCUGUGGGGCUCUCCUAUAACCAUGGGGGACGUGGUUUCCUCUCACCUGGAUGAGGGCAGGCGGGAGGUGAUAACAGCUCGGACCAGAGAUGUGAUGAAGGAGUUCAGCGACGUGUACGAGCAGCAGUACGCAGUCGCUCUCUUCAACAGCGUCCGCUAUGAGAUAGAAGGAGGAGGAGGAACGCAGUCACAGCUGCUUCACAGGAAGGACCCUCUGGCAGGCCGGUCCAUCUUCUCAGGGAGUCUGUUUCAGUAUCUGGAGGAGAAUCGGAAGUGGAGGAAUCGCUUUGUAUCUGUGCCAAACAGCUACGCCAUCAGCCUCUAUGAGAGCAAAACAGCACACGAACGAGGCCUUCACUCGAGAGGAAUUAUCAACUGCGCUGGGUACAAGGUUCUGACCUCAAUAGAGGAAUACAUGGAGCUGAUUAAUACCAGCCUGCCAGGUAUCAAGGCCAAAGUGGGCAGUAAUCCGUUCAUCAAGUGUGCGACCAAGUUCCCCCUCAUCCUGUGGCACCCGUACGCCCGCCACCACUACUUCUGUGUGAUGACGGAGAAGGAGCAGAAGAAGUGGCACGCAGUGCUGCAGGACUGUGUCAGACACAGUAACAAUGGUCUGUCAGAGGACAGCACUAUUCAGACGCCAGCCUUCACCGACUCAGUGAGACUUCAGAGACAAGCCAAGGGACACUACGGGACCUGGGACAUGAUGUGCGGAGAGCCCCCACAGAUUCUUGCUAAUCUGGUGAUGGAGACCCUCCACCCGGAGCUGAGAAGCGUUAUUGCACCUCGCCUGAGGGGGAAGAUGCAGCAGAGGCAGAGGCAUUGGAUGCUGAUCUCCGAUGCACUGUACAAGCAGGUGUUGUCUCAGACCACCGGCCAGUAUGAAGCACUGGUCGAAGCCUGUGAGGCCCAGACAGCUCCCCUGGACGCCAGACUGCGAACCGACAUGGACCAGAUCAUCGCGUCCAAAGAGCAUGUCAGCAGCAAGAUGCGAGCUCUGGUGUUGCCCAAGGCGGAGCAGCUCCUACAGACGAACGUCCAGCCCUACAUCAGCUCCAUCCUGGAGGCCCUGAUGGAGCCCACCAGCCGGGGUUUCUCCGAGGUCAGGGAGGUUUUCUUCGGGGAGCUGGUGGAGGUCAGCAAGAACUCGCUCAACGGAGGGGGGAAAGUCGUACUGGGAGACCAAAUGGAGAGGCUGUCCAUGCUCGCCUUCCACCCGGUGAAGAUGCAGAGCUCCUAUGAGAAGGUGGAGCAGCUCAAUCUGGAGGGGCUGCAGCAGAGGUUCGACGUCGCCAACCCCUCGGUGUUCGUCAGCAGGACUCAGAUCCUCAUGAGGGAGCAAAUGGACAAUGCAGUUUACACAUUUGAGCAGCUGCUCAACCAGUCUAUGGAGACCCAGGGAGAAGAAGACAUGUGCAAGACCAUGCAGCGAUGCCAGGACAGGGUUCUCAAGAAAUACGAUCAUGACAGCAGCACCGUGCGCAAGAAGUUCUUCAGAGAGGCUCUGCUGCAGAUCAUCAUCCCAUACAUGCUGAAGCAGCUCUCGCCAUCCUGCUCACCUGAGCUGCCUCGCUUCAAAGAGCUGAUCUUCGAAGACCUCGCCCGUUUCCUGCUGGUUGAAAACAUGUUUGAGGAGGUGGUGCUGCAGUGUGUCUCCAAGGACAUAAUGAUGGCUGUGAAGGAGGCAGCUGUCCAGAGGAGACACAAUCUUUACAGGGACAGCAUCAUUCUGACCAACAGCGACCCCAACCUGCACCUGCUCGGAGAAACCCCUCAGGUGGACUGGGCUACUAAAUUUGGGGGCGAUGAGCCUGAGGUCUCCGUUGGUGGCGGCGUAUCUGAAGGAGGGGGUUCUGGGAGCCGACGCAGGCAGGUGGUGUCCAUGAUCCAGCUCGACGGGGUCCCUCUGCCCUUCGAGUCCUGCCUGGAGGUCCCAGGUGUGGAUCUUAUCCCCGAGGAGGAUACCGAGGAGUCUGACGGCGUAGAGGAGGACCGGGGAGAGGAUGAGGAGGACCUAGGCCCGCUUGAGGGACCCAAGUCUCCUGACAGCGUGACUGAAAUCAGAGACCUGAUUAAUCCAGUGGUGAAGUUGGCGCCUCCCGUGUCAGAGGAGAGCCAGAGCAACAUGGCCAAUGGGACAGAGCCGACCACAGGCACCGUCAUCUGUGAGGACGGGGUGCAGGAGGAUGUGACACAUGUCACCACCAUGGUGGACCACGUCCCCAGGAAAUCUCUGCGAGACAAGUCGUCCACGCAGACAAUGGUCCAGCAGCUGAUCAGAAGCAAGAAGCAGGAACCUGAUGAGGAGCAUCAGGACCAAGCAGCCAUCAAGAACGCCAUCGAGGAAAUAGAGAUAGCGGUGCAGGAAGAGGACAGCGAAAGGAUUGCUGAGGUCUCCGAGGCAGAAUCAGAUCACGAGUCGUCGCCAGCGCCACCACUGGCUUCAGACUCCAGCUCGCACAACGACAGUGGCUUCCAGUCACCGACAGAUGUGGGGCCGGAUGAAGCUGAGCCUCAGCCAAUCACAAACGGCCUGGACGGAGAGGACAAAGUAAUCGACCUGGUAGAAGUGGAAGUGGUUUUGCCGUAGGAAGACAAUUCUCCGAACAUAACUCUAAAAUUGGAAGGCUCGGACAAAUAAAAUAGUGUGCAUCACAUGUAAAGGGAGAGAAGUAAAGGACUGUAUUUAAAGGUUUAAGUCAAAGCGUAUCGUCGUUGAUAUUGCACACUCCCAGCCUCCCCUCGACUUAUUUUUUAUUUGGUGAUUGGUUCCUUUCUAUGCAGCUUAGUGGAUUUCGUUGCAAAGUUUCGCCAUAUUUUGUGUUUGACACGGCUUUCAUAUCUGCUCCUUUACGCUAUGUUAAGAGGUGGAGGGUCCAUCACAAGGAUCAGGGAUUGUUAAAGUGGAAAUCCAUUUUUUAGUAAACUCUAAACAACUACAUCUAAGUUAUUAAUGUUUUCAAGUUGUGCUAAAGGUUUGGUUACAUCAGUUACAUCUGUAAAUCAGGCCCACAUUUUUUUUUUGCUUGACGUAUCAAAUGAAUAAUCUCCGCCUCUACCUGGGCAGCAGGGGGUGCUACAAUCAGCCUUUAGAUGUUGGAAGGGGAUUUGUUUUACAGCUAAAAUGUAAUUUUCCUACCUAGUCUGUUCUUUGAAAGCGUUUCCUGUAUUCGCAAAUGGCCUUUAUAUUUCAACACCAGAUAUUUUGUACAAUCUGUCGGGAAUGAUUUGCACUUCCACUGUGAUAUCAUAAGUUGGAUGUUUUUUUUAAUCUUUUUGACAAAGAAACAACCAAAAUUCAUCGGUUCUCGUCACUUUGGUUGUGGGUGCAGAUGACCAGGAUACAGUAAAUAAUGCGUCUUUAACUUGUAGGAGUUUGUUUUUAACUUCAUGGUAAAGUACGUUAAAUCAAACACAAAAGUGACAAUUUUCGAUUUGAAGCCGAUGUUUUCUAAUUUAAUUCAAACCUUAAAUCUGGGUCAUUUUUUUUGAAAUAUUAAUGUUUGGAUGACGUGGCUUUUACAAGACUUAUGUCCUUAUUUGUGUUCUGAAAUGAAAAAAUAAGAGACUGUAUCAGCGAUACUUAUCUUGUGGAGGACAUUGUUCACGUUAAGGAAAUAGUGUUGGGUGACUGUAAAUGGUGACAUGACACAACUUAAGGUUCAGAAAUGGUAAAACUCCACAAAACUAGAAUAAC